AUGGCAGCCCACAUGCUCAGAAUUUAACACACUGGAUUGCAGUUUCCGAGAGUAUCGCUUAGCAAGAAUUGAAGCCAGCAGGCAGCAGCAUGUCUCCAAAGAUCACCAUUGAGCUGCUGAGGCAGCUAAGGCAAGCCAUGAGGAACAGCAAGUACAUCAGUGAGCCUAUACAGGCAUACAUAGUACCAUCAGGGGAUGCACACCAGAGCGAAUACAUCGCACCCUGUGACUGCAGACGUGAAUUUAUCUGCGGGUUCAAUGGCUCUGCAGGCACGGCCAUUGUCACAGAGCAGCACGCAGCCAUGUGGACAGACGGGCGCUACUUCUUACAGGCAAGCCAGCAGAUGGACAACAACUGGACACUCAUGAAGAUGGGUUUGAAAGAGACCCCAACUCAAGAAGACUGGCUGAUCAGCGUUCUCCCGGAGAAUUCGAAAGUGGGUGUGGAUCCGUGGAUAAUCGCUGCAGAUCAGUGGAAGACCAUGUCCAGGGCCUUGGCCAGUGCUGGCCACUCGCUGGUCACCGUUCAGGAUAACCUUAUUGAUGCCAUUUGGGAGGACCGCCCAAUGAGACCGAGCACGAAAUUAAUCACUUUGGGUGUAAACUACACUGGCAUUACCUGGCAAGAGAAGGUCACAGCACUGAGGGCGAAGAUGUCAGAGAGGAAAAUUUCCUGGUUUGUGGUCACAGCGCUGGAUGAAAUUGCAUGGCUUUUCAAUUUGAGGGGCUCAGACAUCGAGUACAACCCUGUAUUCUUUGCCUACGCCAUCAUUGGAAUGAAUACCAUAAGGCUCUUCAUCGAUGUGAAGCGCAUGGCGGCCCCGGAGGUGAGGCAGCACCUGCAGCUGGACUCGUCCAGCGCGGCAGAGAUGACCAUUCAGAUCGCCCCGUAUGAGUCGGUCUACACCGAGCUGCAGGCCAUCUGCGCCGCCCUGGGGCCCAAGGACAAAGUGUGGAUCAGCGACAAGGCCAGCUGCGCGCUCACCGAGGUCAUCCCCAAGGUGCAUAGAUCUCCGAUUCCAUACACUCCUCUCUGCCUGGCCAAAGCUGUGAAGAAUCCCACUGAGAUCCAGGGAAUGAAAAUGGCCCAUAUUAAAGAUGCUGUUGCACUCUGUGAGCUGUUUGCGUGGCUGGAAAAGGAGAUUCCAAAGGGCACCGUGACAGAAAUAUCUGCUGCGGACAAGGCUGAGGAGUUCCGCAGCCAGCAGAAAGACUUUGUGGGACUGAGUUUUCCCACGAUUUCUAGUGUUGGGCCAAAUGGGGCUAUAAUACACUAUAGACCACUGCCAGAAACCAACCGGACUCUGAGCCUUAAUGAAGUCUACUUGAUUGACUCUGGGGCCCAAUACAGAGAUGGGACCACAGAUGUGACCCGCACCAUGCAUUUCGGGACCCCUUCAGCUUUUGAAAAGGAAUGCUUCACCUACGUUCUGAAGGGACACAUAUCUGUGAGCGCUGCCAUAUUCCCCAAUGGAACCAAAGGUCACCUGCUGGACUCAUUCGCCCGUGCGGCAUUAUGGGAGUAUGGGCUCGAUUACCUCCACGGAACAGGGCACGGAGUUGGCUGUUUUCUCAACGUCCACGAAGGACCAUGCGGGAUCAGCUACAAGACCUUCGCAGAUGAACCGCUGGAGGCUGGCAUGAUAGUCAGCGAUGAACCUGGCUAUUAUGAGGAUGGGUCCUUCGGCAUCCGGCUUGAAAAUGUCGUCCUGGUCGUGCCUGCUAAGCCUAAGUACAACUACAGGAACCGAGGUAGCCUGACAUUCGAACCCAUAACCCUCGUUCCCAUUCAAUUGAAAAUGAUGAACACGGACAUGCUCACGCAGAAAGAGCGUGACUGGGUCAACGAGUACCACAGACAGUGCAGAGAGAUAGUUGGGGCAGAGCUUGAGAGGCAGGGGCGUAAAGAGGCCCUCGAUUGGCUGAUCAGAGAAACUCAGCCAAUUGCCUGAACAGGUAUUGGUCACACGGACACCAUACCAUUAUUUAAUCCAGCAGUUUGCAGAAGAGUAUGAUCAGCAGUGAUUUCUUUUUUUUUUUUUCUAAAAAUUCUGUUGCUUUCCUACUCUUGUCUUUAUGUUUCACUAUAUCCUUAUUUUAUAAAACGCAC